AUGUCGUUUGAGCAGCCUCCCAAACUUUGUGGCCAGUUUGAGCAGCCUCCCAAACCUUGUGGCCAGUUUAAGCAGCCUCCCAAACCUUGUUGCCAGUUUGAGCAGCCUCCCAAACUUUGUGGCCAGUAUGAGCAGCCUCCCAAACCUUGUGGCCAGUUUGAGCAGCCUCCCAAACUUUGUGGCCAGUUUGAGCAGCCUCCCAAACUUUGUGGCCAGUUUAAGCAGCCUCCCAAACUUUGUGGCCAGUUUGAGCAGCCUCCCAAACUUUGUGGCCAGUUUGAGCAGCCUCCCAAACCUUGUGGCCAGUUUGAGCAGCCUCCCAAACCUGAUCGAUUUUCUCCGCGUAUCCUGUGGCACAUGUUAAAAUAUAAUUCAUUCCCCACUACAUUAGAUUCUAAUCGCCAUUAA